AAAAUAUGACAUUAUAGAGCAGUGACAGGGACUGAGAAUUUCUAGAUAUUGUGAGGUAGUGGUGAACAUAAUAGUGUAAGUAUUAUUUUAUUUAAAUAAUGUUGUACAAUGUUGGUAAAACACAUCACAAAUUAAACAAAACAUAACGCAUAACGUGGAUGAUAAAAUAUGUGCGAUAGAAAAUUGGCAAAAGUUUCAAGACUAAUUAUUAUUAUUAAUUUUCAUUCCAAUUAUCACUUUUUUUUGGGUGAAAUCCAUAAGUCAACGGCUUGUGUAAAGCCUCCCUAAAGUCAUGCAUUUCUUGACAUGACAUUUUGUUAUUACAAACCACUGAAUAUUAAAGCACUGCUCUUGCUGUUUUAGGUGUAAUUUUCCAUUUUAAGACGUAAUUAAACCAUCGAUAUUCAUAAUACGGUACUUACGCUUACAGUAUAAAACACACACAGUCCAAAUCUGCUACAUCAUUAUUUUAUCAGUGUUGUGUAUUUGCAUGUGCAGUCAUUAUCUUUAGCUUCUGUAAUACACAUUACAUCAACUAUAUUUGACUUUGUGAUCUAAAAAACACCUUUAACUUUUAACAUUAACACCUCAUACAACUUGCUUCAGAUAAACAACAGUUCUUGUUUAACACCAUCACUUAGUUUGGUGACAUUUCUACACCAGUGUGUUUUUAGCUAUUUUUAGCCGUUUUCUUUUCCUCUAUUUUUAACUGGAACAUGACAAUGAAGCCCCACCAUAAACUGUACAUGCUAAUGCAAUGGUAAAGAGCUGUAAACACAUUUUCACUUCCUCUUUUGAGAGCCAGUUUUAGUUUUUUUGUUUUCUUGUUUCAAUUUUAUUAUUUUUCUUGGGUCACCUGUUACCAAGCGAUACACCUAAAGAGACGCUCACUAAAUACAUUUUAGCAAUUUUGAGUCAUUAGAUGUCAUUUUUCAGCACCGGGCAUGAAGUCAAAGAGCAGGCCCUGCAGUGGGAGGAGUGGAGACUAAAAACAGCAGCAGUAAAGCUCAUCUGUUUGAUCAGGAUGGGCUGCACUUGCAGUGGCGAGAAACAAGUAAAAGAAGAAGGAUUCCGCAAAGGAAAACACAAAUCACACGCCUCCCCGUCAUCAAACCAUAUAGGACGAAGUGGAAACGCCUAUACAAAUAAUGAUGACACUAUAUUUAUUGCACAACACGACUUCAAAGCGACCAACGACAGUGAUCUGCCUUUCAGAAAGGGAGACAAACUUAAAGUAUUGCAAGAAACCGGAGAAUGGUGGCUGGCCCGACUGCUGACGACUGGACAAGAAGGCUUGAUACCAUCGAAUUAUGUAGCCAGAGCAGAUACACUGGAAGUGGAAAAAUGGUUUUUCAAGGAUUUGGGCAGAAGAGAAACCGAGAGGCUACUUUUAGCACCCGGAAAUAAACCAGGGUCCUUUCUAAUUCGAGAGAGUGAGACCUGUAAAGGGUCAUUCUCGCUGUCAGUCAAAGAUUAUGAAGGAGAAAGAGGAGAUGUAGUAAAACAUUACAAAAUCCGUUGUUUGGACAAAGGUGGCUACUACAUCUCCCCUUCCAACACGUUCCCGACCCUACAGGAAUUGGUUCAAUACUAUACCCACACGGCAGAUGGGUUAUGUCAGCGACUGUAUGCUCCCUGUAAGCCUAUGGCCCCUCAGCAGCCAUGGGCCCAUGAUGAAUGGGAGAUUCCUCGAGAGACAGUGAAAAUGGUGAAGAAAUUGGGGGCCGGACAGUUUGGGGAAGUGUGGAUGGGUUACUACAAGAACACCCAGAAGGUUGCUAUUAAGACCUUAAAGGAGGGGACAAUGGCGCCUGAGGCCUUCCUUCAGGAGGCCAACCUGAUGAAGCAGUUGAGGCAUGACCGACUGGUACGACUUCAUGCUGUUGUCACUAAGGAGCCCAUUCUUAUUGUCACCGAAUUUAUGAUCAAUGGAUGUCUUCUAGACUUUCUAAAAACAGACGAAGGGAAAAAGCUAAAGCUAAAUAAGCUGAUCGACAUGUCAGCACAGAUAGCUGAAGGCAUGGCGUACAUUGAGAAGAAGAACUACAUCCACCGUGAUCUGCGUGCAGCUAACAUACUGGUCAGCGAGACGCUGCAUUGCAAGAUAGCAGACUUUGGCCUGGCCAGAAUCAUCGAGUCAGAAUACACGGCUCAAGAAGGUGCUAAGUUUCCCAUUAAAUGGACGGCUCCAGAGGCCAUCAACUUUGGGACGUUCAGCAUCAAAUCGGAUGUCUGGUCCUUUGGGAUCCUCCUGACAGAAAUAGUCACCUACGGAAGAAUACCAUACCCAGGUAUGACGAACCCAGAGGUGAUCAGGAGUCUAGACAGGUCAUACAGGAUGCCAUGUCCAGACGGCUGUCCAGAGGAACUGUAUGAUAUCAUGAUGGUGUGCUGGAAGCAGAAGCCUGACGACCGACCGACUUUUGAAUAUCUUCAGAACACUCUCAACGACUUUUUUAUUGCCACGGAAGGACAAUAUGAGAUGCAGCCAUGAUGACAGAAAAAGAGAAUGUUUUUCGUUGUGGACAAUGAAAUCUCUUAAAAAAAACAUGACUUGAAUGGAUAAAGGACCACAUAGCUUUUUGAUGAUACUUUUUCUUUUAAAUAGAGUGAUGGAUACGUUUUUCACACCUGCCUUCUAAGUGAAUGUUAAAGAUAUUCAUGGCUUCUUCUGUCUGUAGCGGAUAUCAGUCAGAUAUGCAACGCGGCUUCAUGUCAGCGCCUUUUCUCGAUGGAGUAUAAGGUUGCAUUCUUAGAACUGAUGUAUGAUGCGUAAUAGGACGAUGGAUAUACAAAUACAGUUCACUCAUGUUGUAAAGCAACAUCUGGACCCAGAGAAGUCAGCACAGGUAAAGUUGCAGAUUAAACAUUUGCAUGGUACAGAAACUAGAACCCUGAGAUUACAUGCACAAUACUUUGCACUUUUUUUUCUUUUUUUAAAAAAAAUAAGUAAUUCAGCAGAUUUUUUUUUAAGUGCUUAGCAAAGAGACGUUAUUCUUGCAUUUAUGUCUUUUGUAAAUAAAAAUGAAGAACUCCGGUAUUUCUUGUAUUUAAAUCAAAAAUUUGAAAUUACAAUGCUGAAAAAGCAUUUCUCAUGUAGGGCUUUAGUGGUGACUAUCACUUUUUACAGUUUGGUGUUUGAGACAACGAGGAUGUGUCUCAGUUCACCGAUCAUUAGAGAAAAUAGCAGCGUUUGUGUUUUGUUUUGUUUUUUAAAAAAGACGUUUGACAUCUUAAGUGUGUAAGUAAAGCUAACACUCUGGAUGAAACAAAAAUAAAAAGAACUUUAAAGUACAUCACCUCCCUCGUGAAAACAAAUGGCAGCAAUGUGUAGACUGAGUUACUAACUCUAGUUUCGAUCAUGUUAACAUGAUGAAAGGGGUGACUGACCCGAACAUACCCCCCAUUUUGAACGGCAACCCAUAGGAAGCCUUUAAAAGCAGCUAACUACUAAAUUACAGCAGUCUUCAACUGAGCCUUCCCAGGGGGAGCACAGACAGUUAGUGAUAAGAGACUGGAAUGGCUGUGUUAGCCAAGGGGUGAAACUCUGCCAUUUCCUGAAUGGACAGGAAACAGGAAGUGUGCGUCAGCAUUCCUAAAAUGCCACAAAGCUAGAACAGUCUCACAUACCAAGUUAGUAGUUGUCUUCACAUUUUUCCUCCUGAAAUACAUCCGUUUGAAAUUUACUUUUUGUUGUUAUUGCUGAUUGAGCGCCUCUGAAUUGUGAGGGAGAGGGAAAUUGUCAUUUAACAUAAUAGUGAUGGUAAAUAAAAACCAAAACAACUUCAAGUAUUCUUAAAAUAUAUAAAACAUUAUUAUUAAUCUUAUUCAAUAAGAGCACAUGAGAAUAAACAUGCAUUAUAUCUAAAAAUGUCUGCCAUGUCUGUUUAAAAAAAAUAUGGCAGGUGAUUUUAUGUUGACAUUUGUAAUAUAAAACUGAAUAUGUUUUAAAAUAGCCUGUAAAGCCAGUUGAAAUGUUUUUAAUAUGCCUGACCACUGGACUUUUUCCUUAUAAAUACAAAUUAAUCUUUAACCUCGCAGAAGACCCAAAGACGUUUCAACAUUUUUAAUCUCUCAUAUGAUCCAUGGAUUCUGUCCCAUGCAUACUAAUAUCAGAUAUGGCAGGUGCUAUGUCAGCAUCAGCGACAGUGUAUCAGUGUUUUAGAUUUUCUUGCUGUUGUUUUUUUUUAAUGAUUGCAAGCAUGAAUGUGUUAAUAGUAGUUUAAUUUCAAUUCAUACUGGUUAAUACCAGCAGUGUCUUGGAAAUCAAUUAUAUAGAUUAUUUAUUCUCUGUAAUUAGAUUACUCUUUUCACCUUGUGGACAAUGCAAAUCAAAUAUGAAAAUGCAAAUACAUGUGUAUUUUUAAAAAAUUAAAGUGGGAAGUGAAAAACUGAAAGGCCACAGGGCACAGUGCUGCAGUUUUUUUAUACUCCUAUCAUCCUGCAGAUGUCAGUGUUACACAGUAUAGCAUUCUGUAAUGUAUCUACAGUAUAAUGCAUGAUAGCUUUGAAAAUUCUGGAAAUUUUUCAUAGAGGUAUUUGAGAAUAGUCCUGGUGAACUCACCGGAAACAGUACUGUAUAUGCUCUGGUAUAUCAAAGUACUUAAUAACAAAAUGUCAACACUGAGUCUUAAGUUGCAUUUAAAGUAAAAAGGGUUUAUUUGCAUACUGCUAGUUUCUCCCAACUUCCCCUAAACUGUUUUCAUAAAAUAAAAAGAAGGCAACAUGCUGCUCUGCCUAUGGCCAAAAAAUAAUAUACUCACAAAUGCUGUAUGUUCUCCACCUUGUUCACAGCUGUGCUCACAAAUUCUUCAUAAAUCACAUAUCAGUCUGAGCAAUUACACAGAAAUCCACACAGCUAACCAUUCUGUCACGCACUGAUCCUAUCACAGUCAUCUGUAUGUAUUUAGUCUCUGUCGCUCUAAUUGGCUUUCUUUGCAUCUGAAGGCCGUGUUGAAAGACAUUUAAACACGGCAACACACACACACACACACACACACACACACACACACACACACACACACACACACACACACACACACACAUUUAUUUAGGUUGUUUUUUAUGUUAAUUUCGCUCUUUACCGUGAACGAAUUAUCUAUUCAACAUCCAAAUAAACUCAUCAACUGAGGAUGAGCGUAUUAAGUUAUGAGGCAAAGCCAAACAUAGACACAGCAGUCUGUCAGCCGAUCAACUGAAAGGAUCGCCAUUAAUAAAAUCUCACACUGGAGAAUGAUUGAUAAGAAACAUUACCCUGAAAAGAACUUCAUGUUAACGCAAGAUGACAAGACGCAAGGGGUAGAGGUUUAAAGGCCAAAUCAUCCUCGCUCCUCCUCCUGUGCAUGACUGCUGGCUUAGAGUAAUAAUGAAGGGAAACAGUGGCUCGCACACAGAUUAAUGAGUGAUCCCCCCAGAAGGCAACACAUCAUUAGCAUUUGAUAGCGAUAACCCUGCAUGGCCCUCUGGGACAAAAAACAAAACAAAAAAACAAGCACAUCACCACAGAUGAAAAGAGAUGUGCUUUCAUCUUCCAAUAAUGUUUUCAGUGGUGUUUAGUUGGCAUUAUGCUCCUCAUAAACAUGUUUUCUCUUGGUCUCUCUCUUGGGCUUUGAUGUCAUUAAAAUAAUGGAGUCCAUCAAUCAAAUGUGUUCGCUCUAAUAGAAUUGAGGGCUCUUGAACCCGUGACAGACGAUGUUUCCAGAACAUUUUACCAGAAUAGAUAAGAAAGUGCAGAUAAGAAAAGAGGUGAAUGGAUGUAGUCAUGAAUUUCACUGAAAUUGCUCUCUCACAAUAGCAGCUAUUUUGUGUUCUCUGAUUAAACCUAUGAAAAAAUAAUGACUUGCAUCUCUCUCCUGAAACAUUACCUAAUUUUACGGGCUGUUUAACAACUAAUGUGUAAUACUUUGAAAAAGAAGCCCAGCUCUUUUCAUGCGUGCGGCAUGAAAUGAAUCUGUAAAAACUUGCUGUGCACGAGGUCAAGAAGUGAGAUAAACAGGCCAUUUUCUCGUGUAUGCAGAAGAAAAAUAUGUCUAAUGUUAUACUAUAUCUCUGCGAUGCCAUUUACAACAUUCAGAAGCUCAAUUUCAAGAGCGUAUUCACGUAACAUCACUCAAUGGUGAAGAUGCUCGGAUUUGUGUUUUCUCACAAAUCCAGCUAAUUUUUAAAUGUUAAAUCCAUCAAAUCGCUGCAUGUACAGCAAACACAGUUGCUCGAAGAACUAUUAACUUAAAAGCCUCUCAGUUCUGGAGAGCACUGUUUGCUUUCACAUUAAUUUUUCUUUCAGACCCAAAGCAAGAAGAUGACCGACUACAACCGCAGCAAACGAGAAGCUUAUAAAAGAACUCAACUGUCAGCACAGAGGCAGAAAGACAAAGCCUGGGACUAGCUGUUGAACAUAAAGGAACCAGGGUCAGACAUUUUCCCUCACAAGUAGGUGAAAAUCAGACUAAAGCUUUAAAGGGAUUGCAACAUUAUACAGCAAGACACCCCAGCCAAAACAGGUUCAAAUACAGACAAUAUUUCCCCAGUAAAAACUGGGGGUGUUAUGACAGCAGACGAGCGCACAGGCCUACAAAGGUUGAUGCUGUUUCCAUGUACAUUGUGAUAUCGUCGCAUUAUUACAAUAAACAAAACAGAUUGUUCAAUUCCAACUACUUUGGUAAACUGUUGUAACUAACAGUCAUUUAAACAUAAGGCAACACAUUUGUGCCAGUCAUGUAUACGUAUAUGUAAAUAAUAGCUUCUCUGCCCUGAUGUUACAUUGAUAAGUCUGAUUUGCGACCUACGUGGUGUCUAUCAGGUAUAUGUGUGGAAACGUAUGAUAGUCUAUGCUACAGUAUCACGCUCACCACCACCGCUUUAAAAGGAAGUGAUGUGUUACACGCUUGCUUCUCUUUCUCCUAAUUAAGUUGUGUCUUAUGUGCUGUAGAGAUAUCGCCCUAAAUUUUCAUGUAAUCCCAAGUGUUGUGUUAAGACUUUUCUAAUUUCUUCCCCCAAAUUAUUAAAUCAAUACUUAAUCAAAGCACUCAAACACUCACCAGUCAUUUUGUUAGGUGCAACUGUUCGACUGGUACCUAAUGAGUCAAUCAUAUGACAGGUAUUUCAGAAACUGCUGACCUACAGGGAUUUUCCCAUUGCCAUGAGUCUACAUGGUCUGAGAGUCUUAUCUUUUAUCAUCAGAAAGAAAUAACCAGCUCCUAGAGGACAGGUGGAAGAGGACGGGUAGAUGAUUCCUGGAGCCAACAAUUCC